AUGCCCCUCCCAAUCCCACCGUUCAGCAUCCCCCUCCUCCUCCCCCUCCUCCUCCUCCUCCUCACCCCGACCCUCCUCCCGCAAGUCCACAGCCAAUACAUCUCCCCGAUCCCCGCCCUCCCGCUGCCCACCAACACCCCCAUCACCGCCACCUACCACGCCCCGACCCCCUUCCUCUCCGAGCUGUCCGCCCCGAAACUCUCCGCCGUCAACGCCAGCGCCUUCGAAUGGUGGUACUUCGACGCCGUCGCCGCCCACAACCCCAACCUCUCCGCCGUGGUCACCUUCUUCACCAGCAGCCCCGCCGCGUUUCCCCUGGCGCCCCGCAACGGCAGCUCCGUCGUCUGGAGUUAUGUCUAUGUGAGUUUGCCGGAUGCGCCGGCGGGUGAGGGGGGGGAUCGGGAUCGGGAGGGGGGUGGUAGCGGGGGGAAUGGGGGGAGUGGCGGGAAUGAUCGCGACGAGAAGGGUGAUCAGGAGGAGCCGGGGGACUUGGUGGGGAAGGGGUAUCCGACGGCCGGGGAUGGGCGCGUG